AUUUGGAAGAAAUUUUUUUUCUUGUUUUUGAACUGAUUUGGAGAGAGAAAUUGGGGGAAGUUUUGCUAGGUUACUCGGCGCGGUUUGUUGGUCCCUCUCUCUCUAGACUUUCCAAUUUUCCAAAUCCUACAUUUUGGUGGAAUUUCCUAGGGCAAUUUGAUCAGGCAAAAGCGAAUUCUUGAUUGUAACUCAGAAGUAACGAAACCCCCAAAUUUAGCUGAGUUGAAGAAGACAAAGAUGGAGGAGAAGGAGGUGGUGGUGAAGAAGAAGAAGCGACAAGAACAAGUUUAUCACGAGAGGCAGAGACUCCAAUUCUGCCUCUUACAUUCCCUCAACAAUCUCUUUCAGGAAAGAGGUGCAUUCACUCGGUCCCAUUUGAAUGCCAUUGCUGAAAAACUCGCUGUAGAUGAUCCAACGAAGGGAACCUGGACGCCACUUUCUGUAAUCUUCCAGCCUCAUCACAACACAUUUACUGGGAACUAUGAUAUAAAUGUUUUAAUUGCUGCAGUGGAGGAAAAAGGCAAAAGGGUAGUCUGGCAUGACCGCCGUAGUGGAGCUUCUGCAAUUGAUCUCGAUCAAGGAGAAGACAAAUUAAUGGGUAUUGUGCUAAACGUCCCAGUUAGAAGGUAUGGUGGACUUUGGAAAGGAAGACAUUGGGUUGCAUUGAGAAAGAUAGAAGGGGCUUGGUAUAAUUUGGAUAGUGAUUUAGCUGCUCCACUCUCUUUUAAAGAUACAGAGGAAGUAAAGGAAUACUUGGAUGUUGUCAUCGGUGGUGGUGCAGAAGUUUUGCUUGUCAUGAAUGAGUGAAAGUUGUUCUUGAACUGCCGCAAUUGAACUUCAGAGUAAUCAUAUACCUAGAAAGCUCUUUGAGUUACUGUGCCACACAAGAUCAACGGGGACCUCUGGGGCUCUGAAAGAAUAUAUUUUGUCUGUUUGUUAAGUACUCAAGGUGAAGGAUCUCUCUUGCACUUAGGGCUUUGUGGCUGUUACUUACUUCCUUGGAUGCGUUCCUUUCUUUAGAAAACAAUUAGUUGGACACAGAACGCGGACGUUCAAGAUUUUAAUCAGGUAAAUAUCUGGAGUAUAGAUGGCAUUUCACAGAUUCUUGAUGAAUGAUUGUGGAUGCUGAAUUUUCCGUUGUCAUUGAAGGUUGAUUCAGAAAAGAUGGCUGAACCUGAUUUUGUCUUUCCAAAAGUCUUCUGGUUAGUCGAACCAACUCGCAUAGUUGUAAGCAUGAUUUUGGUUUCUUUUAUAGUAGGAGUCAAUUUGUUGGUUGUUCAUUGUUGGUGAAUGUAUAUAUCCUCGGUGAAAGGAAUUAGAUACAAUGCAAUGCAUACAUGGAUGCCUUGAUAUGAUGAUACAAGGAAGUUUCUCCA